AUGCUCCAUCCCGCUUGGAUGAAUGCGAUGAACGUGUCGACAAAAAUAGCGCGUAGAUUCUCGGCUCUUCGUACGGCCUUCUCUUUCGCGCGAUUUAUGCAACAGUUGAAACGGUGGGGACCCCGCAACUCUUCCGUCACCGUCGAACGCGCCGUACAGGCCGAGUACGUAGCCAACGCCAUGUUGGACCCUCGCACGCCGUUCGCGACGGUGGUCCUGGCGAGCGUGGGAUUGCCGGGAGACCCCGAAUCACGCGGCUGCUUCAAGCCUGUGCUCGCCGAGUACAUUCGACGGCACUUCGACAUCUUUCCGACACGCCUCGUCAGCAAUACCGCGAGGUCUCACGCGUGGUCCCUCGUCAGAUCCACGGGCACGGCGCUCAACGGGCGUUCCAACGGAGGGGGCGGCCCCGCACCACCCACCGUGUCGUCGUCAACGCCGCCGCCGACGCCGCCGCCGCCGUACAACGAGAGCAUUCGCCCAGCGUCACCACAGCCAUCGACGUUAAUGAUGACUGUCGACGACACCUCGACACUGCCGCCGCCGUCACCGGACAAGGACCACUAUCCCCCAGCGUCACCACGACAGCGCGCGCCGCCGUCACCGUCGCAGCCGCCGCACCAGCAAAAGAAACCUCGAUACUGA